AUCAUCAGGUAUUGGAUAGUGACUUUUUUUAUUAUUCAAGGCGUACCUGGCACGAGGACUGAAAGACACCACAGAUCUUUUCCAGAGUCCCAAAAAGAGCGUGACAGUCUCCAACCUUUCCCUUCUGUACCUGCCUGCUAUACCAUGGGAUGUCGGCAAAGCUCUGAGGAGAAAGAGGCAGCGCGGCGGUCCCGGAGGAUUGACCGCCACCUGCGCUCUGAGAGUCAGCGACAACGAAGAGAGAUCAAGCUCCUUCUCCUGGGUACCAGCAAUUCUGGGAAGAGCACUAUUGUAAAGCAGAUGAAAAUCAUUCAUAGCGGUGGCUUUAACUUGGAGGCUUGCAAGGAAUACAAACCUCUGAUUAUCUACAACGCAAUUGACUCCCUCACCCGGAUCAUCCGGGCUCUAGCCACACUUAAGAUAGAAUUCCACAAUCCUGACAGAGCCUAUGAUGCUGUGCAGCUUUUUGCUCUGACAGGCCCAGCUGAGAGCAAAGGCGAGAUCACUCCUGAGCUGCUGGGAGUCAUGAAACGGCUCUGGGUGGACCCUGGUGUGCAGGAGUGUUUUUGCCGCUCCAAUGAGUACCACCUAGAGGAUAAUGCUGCCUACUAUUUAAAUGACCUAGAAAGGAUUGCAGCACUGGACUACAUCCCCACAGUGGAAGAUAUUCUGCGUUCUCGGGACAUGACCACAGGGAUUGUAGAAAAUAAAUUCACCUUCAAAGAGCUGACUUUCAAAAUGGUGGAUGUGGGUGGACAGAGAUCUGAACGCAAAAAAUGGAUCCACUGUUUCGAGGGGGUUACAGCAAUAAUUUUCUGUGUGGAGCUCAGUGGGUAUGACUUGAAGCUGUAUGAAGAUAAUCAAACAAGUCGAAUGGCAGAAAGUUUGCGUCUCUUUGAUUCCAUCUGCAACAACAACUGGUUUAUCAACACUUCCCUCAUCCUUUUUUUGAAUAAGAAAGAUCUGCUGGCAGAAAAAAUCCGACGCAUCCCCUUAACAAUCUGCUUUCCUGAAUACAAAGGCCAAAACACUUAUGAGGAGUCAGCAGUCUACAUCCAACGCCAGUUCGAGGACUUAAAUCGUAACAAGGAGACCAAGGAAAUCUACUCACACUUCACCUGUGCCACUGAUACCAGUAACAUCCAGUUUGUCUUUGAUGCAGUGACAGAUGUCAUCAUUCAGAACAAUCUAAAAUACAUUGGCCUCUGCUAAGAAUCCUUGAGCUUAAUCUGUUCUCCUGAAGUGAUAAAAAAGGGGCUAACAACAUCCAUUUCUAGUGGAAAAAAAUGAGGCAAUGCUUAGUAGCCCAAGGAGAGAAAAGGGGGAAUCUGAUGUAUGUAUACAUUUCCUCUUAUGCCCCCUUAACCCACUACAUAAUUUUUCACAAAUAUAUAUACUGGAGAGGGAAAGCCUUCUCUCCAGGAAACUACACACACCCAGUGGAAAAAAUCCCCCAACAAGUAAAAAACCCCAAACAAAAAAGAAACAAAAAAAAAAAGAUUGAGGCAUAAGUCUGUGGAGAUGUUUUCACCACAGUCACUGCACUUUUAUUCCAUUUGUUUCAUUCCAUUUCCUACAGUGGGAGUGUAAUCAUAUUCUGUGUGAGAAAUAAUUCUUCAUCCAGUUGUCCUAAAAUGUUGCUCACAUGAAGAUUUAAAGCUGGUGAGUGAGGAGGGUGUGGAGCAGAAUGGUUGGAUUGGAGAGAAAAGCUAGUUGAAACCAAAAGCUACAGAACAGGAGAGUUUAAGCAAAGUGCUACCUAAAGUUGUAGGGAAUAGGCAUGCACCCACAAUAUUGGUACACCCAGCCAAACAGUAUAUACACAUACAUCAUGUAUGCACAUGACUCACAGCAUAUACUAUGUACACACUUCUGCUUUACUGUUGAUCAUGGACACCUUGAAUGAUGGUGCACAACUGUUCUGUGAGUUCCAAAUUGACCAGCAGCUCUGUCUGCUCCUUAAAGCUUCAAAUAUGCAGUAAUACUACAUGAAAUGAGUCUAUGGAUAGGCCAAAUUAAGGUCAGUGUUUCUUCUACUGGUAAACAGUUUUAUACAUCAGAACAGUCUUCUUUUACAUCUUUUUUUUUGCCAAAUCUUGUGGUUCAC